AUGGAAAUAAGCUCACCUAACUGGGAUCAAAAUCCAGAAGAUAAUUGGAAAACCGAUGAUGAUAAUACUAAAAAUGACUGGUCAAUAUCUGGUUGGGAAGAUGAUGUUUUUGAAGAAUCAGUUAGAAGAUUUAAGGAUGAUUUAAAUCGAGUGUUUUGUGAUUUUUAUGAUGAAUGGAGACGCCUUUUACCCAAAGAAAAGUCAUUUUCUAUGCAAGAUUCGUAUAUAAUUCCUCCUAUCGAAGUUGGUGAAGAAGAUAAUAUACUUCAUAUUCAUGUUGAACUUCCAAAUUUUCCAAAAGAAUGUAUUGGUGUUUUUGUCUUUUGGGAUACUUUAUUUAUCCGUGAUGUAAAUUGGGAUAAAAAACCUCUUCAUGGUCGCUUCACGGCCACAAUUCCUUUACCUUUUAAGAUCAUUUCUAAAUUGUCACAAGUGAUAAUUAAACAUGGUGUUAUUGACAUGAAUUUACUUCGAUUCACGUUACCUUUCCCUUAUAAGCGUCUCAUCACUUAUAAAACUAAUUGA